AUGGCAUCGAGCAGCAACAUAAGGAAGGAACAAAGCGUGGAAGUGGAACUGGAGCAGAAGUUGGAGAAGUUAUCAUUAUCGGAGGCAGAAAAUUCGAUUGUUGAUAUUGCUCAGGAUGAUAUCAAAGUUCGCAAGUCAGAAUGUCAAAAAAGCUUGUUUGGCAAGAUUAUUGGCGACAGAUCAGCGAGCCUUUUCGGAGUUAAAAGAACCAUCGGUCAGAUAUGGAAAAUUCAAGGAGCUGUUGAAGUUAGAGAACUAAGCAACAAUUUCUUCCAAUUCAUUUUUAAUAAUGUUGAGGAUCUCCAGAAAGUUGCCUCAGGACAGGAGAUUCAGGUGGAGAAAGGGUUAUUCGUAUUCUCAGCCAUCAAUGUUAAGGAACCUCUUUUGAGAUGUGCUAAUGUUAGGCUGGGGUAUGAAAUUAUCAAGGUUAGCUUCAAGUACGAGAAGCUUGUCAAUUUAUGUUAUUACUGUGGAACUCUAGGCCACUUGGACAAGGAUUGCAAAAAAAGAAUAAGAGAUAUUGCCAGAAAUGCCUUGCAGGAUGGUCAAUAUGGAGAGUGGCUCAAAGUGAGUGAAGGACAACAUAUUUUCACAUCUCCUCAUAACAGCCACUCAGCUUCUAUGGGUUCUAAAAGCACUGGGCCUAACAUCAGGUCUAUUUCUUCUGCUACAAAACCAAGUAAUACAUCUCAAUCUCAGGGGAACCAGAGAUCUCUCCUGCCUAUUGUUCCUUCGGAACUAAUUGAAGACACUAUCCUGUCUCAUUCUGAUGUAAUGGCAGAAACUAUUACUCCUGGUUCAGAUUCAGCUAUUCAAGUUUGGUCCAAGUUAUCUCCUACAAUACCUUCAGAUACCUCUCAAAAAGGGAAAGGAAAGGAGAUUGUAGUCUCUAAUCCAAGCGUUCCCAUCAUUAGAGAGGAGAAUUCUAUGGCAACCAUGGCUGUGGAUAAUGUGAAGGCAGAAGUGGCAGCUACUAAUCCUAAGAUCAUUGCCAAGACAUGGAAGAGAGCUACUGAUCCUAGAGGAAGACUUCACAGCUCCCAACCAAUCAAAGAACCUCCUCUUCCCAGUCAGGCUCUUAAAAGGGACAGAUCUGAUAUGCUUGAUUUGAAGCAGAUGGAGGAUAUCUCCUCUGAUGCUUGCCUGCGAAUCCUCGUCUGCGUGCGCGAGUACGCAUUAGCUCGCGAGUCUCGUGCCUUAAUGCCUUGCCAGCGGAAUUUGCUCACAAAAAUCGACCUUCUGCUCGCGAGUUUGACCUAG